GACUGCUCUUUGCUUUCAAUCUGCCCCUGUGAGCUCGGCGUACGGCGAUUCGAGAAAUUCUGGAGAUUCGGCUUUUAUUGAACGCCGGGACUCCCAAAUGCCCCCUCCGCUCGAUGCGAUUCCCUUUGCGGUCAGAUGUGAGUAUUGAAUUGCGUGAAAGAAGACAGCACGAACUCAAAGGCGAAGACACGGACUUGAACGCAUUUAGCAGAAGAGGCAGUGUGUGACUACUCACCCUCAGCUAGUAAACAGAGAGGACACCGUUCCCAUCUGCCCCUCUUAAAGUGAAGGGACUGAAUUUCUAAUCCAAUACGGACAAUAUUUCCCUUUCACGGAGAAGAGUUUCCACUUCACUCUAAUUUACGCUUACGGGAUAUAAAAAAACUGUCUCAUCAUAACAUUGACUAAGUUUGUUUGUUUGUUUUUAAUAAGUGACAUAUCAGUGAUGAUGGGCAUAUUUGGAAAAUGUUGAUCUUACCGUCUUUAAAAGUCCAUUCUGUGAAGGAAAGCGUUUGCUAACGGAUUUUGAACGUGACAUUAGAGAGAAAGGCAUCUCGGCGCUAGAGGAAGACGCGUCUGCUUCGCCCGUUGCUGUUUUUAAAUAGACUACCUGCUACAAGCCACACAAAGAAGGGUAAAAAGAGCUAUUAGCGGCCAAGAAAGUGUUUGGCAAUAGCUCAGUGAUCCAUGCUCUCGCAGCAGCAGCAGCAGCAGCAGCAGCAGCAGCCCGAGUCCAUCCCCUCCUUCUGAUGUGCGUUAUUACAAUCAGGAAUACCCAAUCAAACACCUAUAGCAUCGAUUCGCACCGCUCUCAGCGGAUUUCCAACGCGCGCGGGCAAAAUAAGCAAAGGAGGCAGCGCGCGUGCGACAAGUCCGUCCAUCUCCUCUUCAACGCUUUUUAUCUUUUUCCUCGUUUUUUCAUUUUUUAUUUUAUUUUAUUAUGGACGAGAUGGACGUUUGAAAGACUUGGAGUCUUCUGGAUUUUCACAGAAAAGCUAACGGCGACGCAUUAAAGCGUCUGCCGCCUUGUUUUUUCUUCUUCUUCUUUUCAAAUUGUAUGCUAAUACUCGGAUCGGAUUCCUCAUGGAUAACACGUUUAUUCAAACGACCGACUUGCCUGUUGCAGCUUCCAGCGCGGAGUGAGUGAGACUCGCACUGAGGCACGAGCCUUAUUUCUCCCCACUGUAACGGCUCGACUCUACGUCACAUCCAAAAGCCGAGCGGGGGAAAAGUGAGAGGGAAAAGAGGAGGAAAAUCCCGCUUCGUCUUCAUCAUCUUCAGAUCUUGCCGUCUGAUUUUUUUUUUUUUUAAUUUUUUUUUUUAAACUGCCGAUACAUGUCAGGCGUGUGAUAGCGCCCCAGGUGCCGUGCAUCAAAGCAGAAGCGGAGCAGCUCUCGGGAUCUCAGGGGCUGAAACUCCUGAACGCCCCCCUGAAAGAGAAACAUGCCGCGGAGGAAACAGCAAGCGCCCCGGCGCUCGGCAGCAUAUGUACCAGAGGAUCUGAAGGGGGCUGCUUUACUAGACGAGGACCCUGAGGGAGAGGAUUCAGCUGUGGAGGAGGAACCUGCCAUGAAGUAUGUUUGCCAAGAAAAAUACUUACUCCUUAAAGACAGGCCAGGCUUCAACGACUCUCCACCUGCUGAUUUCUCAAGCCACGAGAUGGACAGCGAGUCACACCUGAGUGAGUCCAGUGACCGCAUGUCAGACUUCGAGAGCGCAUCAGUAAAGAACGAAGAGGACAGCUCAGCCAAGGAGCCCUUCACCUCACUUACUUCAUCUAUGAUGAUGACAACAACGACCACUCCAAGCAGUGAGGAAGUGGCACAGUUAGGCCCAGACAGCCUGGAACAGAUGAAAGCUAUCUACACUAGCUUCCUGUCCAACUCCUACUGGUCAUCUCUGAACUUGAAUAUGUCUCAGCAGCCAGCAGAAAAGCCCCCACGUAGUCAUAGUAGUAGCAGCAGUAGUAGUAGCAGCAGCAGUAGCUGUGGUAGUGGAGGUUACGACUGGCACCAGACAGCCAUGGCUAAGACCUUGCAGCAUGUUUCACAGAACCAGAAUAGAUUGCUGCACCCAGCAUCCGAGCCAAACCUGUUCAGUACUGUGCAGCUAUACAGACAGAGCACCAAACUGUAUGGAUCCAUCUUCACUGGUGCAAGCAAGUUCCGUUGCAAAGACUGCAGUGGUGCUUAUGAUACUCUGGUUGAGCUCACCGUACAUAUGAAUGAGACAGGACACUAUCGAGAUGACAACCAUGAGACAGACAGUGAAGGUGCCAAGCGCUGGUCAAAGCCUCGCAAACGUUCCCUCCUGGAGAUGGAAGGAAAAGAAGAUGCACAGAAAGUUCUUAAGUGCAUGUACUGUGGUCAUUCUUUUGAGUCACUGCAGGACCUUAGUGUUCACAUGAUCAAGACGAAACACUACCAGAAAGUGCCUCUUAAGGAACCUGUAACACCUGUGGCAGCCAAGAUUAUCUCUUCAGCUCGUAAACGAGCCCCCAUUGAGCUAGAACUCCCCAGCUCACCAGACUCCAAUGGUGGCACUCCCAAGCCCUCUUUAUCUGAUCCUAGUGACCUUCAGAAGACUCAUAAUCCCUACAUCACACCCAACAAUCGGUAUGGACACCAGAAUGGUGCAAGCUAUGCAUGGCAGUUUGAGUCACGUAAAUCUCAGAUCCUGAAGUGUAUGGAGUGUGGAAGCUCGCAUGACACACUGCAGGAGCUAACAGCCCAUAUGAUGGUCACAGGUCACUUCAUCAAGGUCACUAACUCUGCCAUAAAGAAAGGCAAACCCAUCGAGUCAAUACACACAACUGCUCCUAACAUCAUACCAACUAAUGAGGACAAGGUACAGUCAGUUCCACUAGCUGCCACUGCAUUCUCACCACCACCUCCUGCUCCUACUCCCCCUAGUAUUUCCCCAUCCAUUACACCAAUGGAUAUAAAAAAGGAGGAGAAGGAAGUAGAAUGUACCAAGGAGCCAAAUAAUAGCAAAGACAAGAAGGCAACAGAAAGUGAGACAGAGGAGAAGUUUGAAGUUUCAUCUAAAUACCCAUACUUGACAGAGGAAGAUCUUGAAGAAAGUCCAAAGGGGGGAUUUGACAUUCUGAAAUCUCUAGAGAAUACAGUAACAUCUGCCAUCAACAAGGCACAGAAUGGCACACCCAGCUGGGGAGGCUACCCCAGUAUUCAUGCUGCCUACCAGCUUCCAAACAUUAUGAAACUUUCUCUGCGCAACUCAGGGAAAAUUUCCCCUUUGAAAUACAUGUUUUCUGGAGAAGAGUUCAUGUCUCCCACCAAAAGCCAACCACUAAUCUCCCCACCUAGUUGCCAAACAUCCCCUUUGCCCAAAAACAACUUCCAUGCCAUGGAGGAGCUUGUCAAAAAAGUGACAGAAAAAGUGGCCAAAGUAGAGGAGAAGAUGCGGGAACCUGGAGCAAGGUCUUCCCCACUUAGGCGGACCACUCCUUCUCCUUGCAGUAGUGAUGCAGGAGAAUCAGCCAGAGGGGAGUCCCCCAAGGAAAGAAGAGGAGCCAAAACCCCUGAGACCAAUGGUGGCAGAAAUGCUCACCAAGACUCAAAUGGUGAUGUUCUCAAAAAAGAUUUUCUGGAAAAUGGCACUGAUCAUGCUGCUAAAACACCUGUUUCCACCUUAUGCAGCAGCACUGCUAUUAUAACUGAGCAUUCUCCAGAGCAGCCAUUCGUCAACCCUUUAAGUGCGCUUCAGUCUGUCAUGAAUGUUCACCUUGGCAAAGCUGCCAAACCUGCUCUGCCAUCCCUUGACCCAAUGAGCAUGCUUUUCAAGAUGAGCAACAGCCUGGCAGAGAAGGCAGCAGUAGCUGCCUCCACACCUUCUCAGACCAAAAAAACAAAUGAGCAUCUGGACCGCUACUUCUACCACAUCAACAAUGACCAGCCUAUUGAUCUGACCAAAGGCAAAAGCGAUAAGAGCAACUCCCUCAGAUCUGCUGCCCUGUCCUCCUCCACCUCCACUCCCAACUCUAUUUCACCCUCAUCAACCAUCAUUAUGACCAAGGCCUCAUCUGCAGUGGCUUCAUUCAUUUCCAACUCGCCUUUGCGUGAGAAUGCCCUUUCUGACAUCUCUGAUAUGUUACGCAACCUCACAGAGAAUCAUGCUUCCAAGUCCUCCACACCAACAAGUGUUUCAGAGCGCUCAGAUAUAGACGGAUCGACACCUGAGGAAUCAGAUGAGAUCUCUCCUGCUCAGAAACGAAAAGGCCGGCAAUCAAACUGGAACCCUCAGCAUCUACUUAUCCUGCAGGCACAGUUUGCCUCUAGUUUGAGGCAAACAGGUGAUGGCAAGUACAUAAUGUCAGACCUCAGUCCACAGGAGCGCAUGCAUAUUUCACGCUUUACUGGCCUCUCAAUGACUACCAUCAGCCACUGGCUGGCCAAUGUCAAAUACCAGCUGAGGCGGACAGGUAGCACAAAAUUCCUGAAAAAUCUUGACUCUGGCCACCCUGUAUUCUUCUGCAGUGACUGUGCAUCACAAAUCCGCUCUCCCUCCACUUAUGUCAGCCAUCUUGAGUCACAUCUAGGCUUCCGGCUUAGAGACCUGGCUAAGUUAUCUGGAGAGCAACUUGUUAGCCAGAUAUCACGGCACACCAAGGGACUCUCUGAGAAACUGCUCGCAGCCCAGGUGCAUUCUUUGGCCCAUUCAAUACCUAACCCCAGUCCUCAUUCACUCUCCCCCUCCCCUUCCCCAGAUGAGGAUGCUAAUGGCACAUCAUAUCAGUGUAAACUGUGUAACCGGACUUUUGGCAGCAAGCACGCUGUCAAGCUCCAUCUGAGUAAGACCCAUGGUAAAUCCCCUGAGGACCAUCUUAUGUAUGUUAGUGAACUUGAAAAACCUUAGCAAUGGCCAAGGAGAAAAAACUGUCUCGUCUCUCUAUUUCGGUCCGUUUUUUUUUUUUUUUUUUUUUUUCAAGCCUUUUGACUAACAUUUCUUAUGAAAAAAAAAAAGUAAUAAUAAAAUAAACAUUAAAAGAACUGAAAGUAAAUAACGAAGAACUAACUGCACAUAUGUGCCAGAGAACUACUGUUUAGUUUUGGCACAUCUUUUGGAGUUUUCCUCAGGGGAACACUCAUUCAGCCCCAGAGACAUUCACUUUCUGCAUUUUUGGUUAAAAAUGGAAAACAGAGAAAAACAAAUGCUAAUUUUCUAACUGUGCAGUGAUGAGUGUAAAGGUGCUUUUGUUACUGGUAAAAUAUGAAGGUAAAUAAUUAAAAAAAAGACUUAAAAUGAAGUUGUAUGUAUUUGAAAGUUGUGUAAAUUGGAUUUUUGGCAUCCUUGGGAUGCAGUAAGCUGCAUGCAUUAAUGAAAUGGUUUAGUUCAAUAUUUGAUAACUAAAUCUGGGCUUUUAUUUAUCUCUCUCUUUCCUUCUCUCUUAUUUUAACUUUUUUUACAUUACCUUAAUAUGCUGGUGUCAGCAUAAAUAAAAAAAAACAUUUAACCCUCUGAGUACGUAAAUUAAAGGAUAUAAAUAGAAAAGAGAGAAAUUAGAGAUUGGAAAUUGCCAACUUCAUACAAGUUUGAGUUGGCAAGUUCUAGGUUAUUUUGACCACCCAAAAAAAUCACAUUGUCUGAUAGAUCACCCCUUAUACUCCAACAGCUUGCAGUGCAGGAUUAUAUGCUAAUACAAAAUAGCAGUCUUUUAGUUUGCUCAAAUCAGGGGCCUUUAUGAAUUCAGGUCUGUGUAAAAAUGUGUACAUAAAAACAUAUAAACUUAUUUCUGUCUAAAUUAUGCAUCAUUUUAUAUUUUUUAAUUUAAGAUAAGUAUGACUAUCUACUGGUGCACAAUAUAUGAAGACAUUAAUGAAAUUGUUUUGCACAAUAGUUUUAUAAAUAUGUUAUUUAAUCAGAUGACAUGAAAACGAGAAGAAAAAAAUCAUGAAAAGUAACACCCUAAAGUUAUAUUUCCACCUCGUGCUCAAAGGGUUAAACUUCUUGUACAAGACAGUACUUGUUCCAUCAUGUCACUUAAAUGGUUGUACUGUAAGAUGCUACUUUAUUAUGUAAGGAGGAAUUCCACAAUGUAACCUUUUAUUUAUGGACACUCUAGGUUGUUGUUUCAUAUUGUAGAAUGCCUUUUUGAUUUGUAUAUUUUAUUUUGUUGUUUGUCUAAUUAUUCCUCCAUAAAACCACACUGCAGCUUCAUCAUUUUUGGGGAUACGAAAGGUAACCAUUGUUACCUUACCUCCAUUGACAGUUCCGUGACAUUUUGGCAGUUAAUUUACUGAAGUAACUGACAGCUGCCAGUGAAUGGAAAUCUUAUGUGUAAAAUAUUGGCAUGUUAACAGAACAGGCACUGUUAUGCAUUCUGUGCCGUGUUUCUUUUUGUUGUUGUUGACAAUGAAGCACUCAUUAUAUGACUUCAUAUAACCUUUCUUUUUCUACUGCAGCAUUAAAUUGAAACUGUUUUGGGUUUUUUGCAAUAACUUGACGUGUCAUGACUCACAAGUCUGUCGGGCGCCGGGGGAUAAGAAAUGAAAAGAUUAAAGAGAGCUGCUGUCAGUUAAAUAGCAGAUGACAAGUGUGUGAAAAGGUGUUGUGUGGCAGUAGGGAUCGACCACCGGACCUGAGCAUUUUAAAAUCAGCCAGGUAUGUGUGUAAACAUUUAUUGUUAAUCUCUCAAGAAUUACGUUUUUAUCUCUGAUGCAGCAGAAUUUAGUGGCAUCAUAUGUUUUUGGCAGAUCUAUCACUCCCCUCCUCUCAUCUAAUACCCUGCUUGGUGACACACAGACUCACAAUGUCUCCUAAUAUGGCUUAACAAGGGAAGCAUCAGACAUUGUGAAGAGUAAUGUGCCUUUCUCUCUCUACAGUGGAAUCUUGCAAAUAAUUGCUUUAACAAUUGCAUUAACUGUCACGUUUUUCAGCAUUUCAAAUUUGUAAUUAACACAUGCUCCUAUUAUGCAGUGAACUAUUUGUUUGGGCCUCAUCCAGGAUGGCAACAGUACCAAAAAUAGUGUUUGACUUUUGAAUUCUGCUUUAGCUUAGCUUGCACAAAAAAAAAUAAUAAUCUAAAUGAGACCAUGUGUUAAUGCCUGGCUUCAGAGGUGGGUAGUAACUCUCUACAUUUACUCUGUAACGUUUACUUGAGUAACUUAAAAAAAUACUUUUUGAAUAGGUUUAAAAGUGGGUACUUUUAACUCG